UUCAUAGUAUUUCAUAUAUAAGCGAUAGUAUGGUGGGCACAUGUCAGUGUAAAUAACAACAAGAGGGUAAUUUAGUUCAAAAGAAAAGACAAUCAUAAAAUACGAAAUAAACACAUUCGAUCAGUUUUGAUUGAAAAACCAACCAAGUGACACACUUACAUUUAUAAACAUAAAUUAUUAGGGAAAACAUGGAGUCUGAUAAUCAAAACAGUGGGAAAUGUGCGGAAGACACAAACAAAGAGGAAAUGAAAGACGGUGAUUUAGAAACAGAUGGACCGGAUGCUUUAAGUGUGCCGGCUGUGGAUUUUAGGAUGUCAGUUAGUAGUGCUGAAAUUGAACAGGAGGUUGUUGAACCGACAGACGAAACACCAAUGAUCGAAGCCCACAAUGGAAAACUGCAAUAUAAAAUUAGUGAUAUGGAGGUGGUUGAAGUGACUGAAAUAGAGAUGCCGUUGAAACCCGGCGCGCCUUCUGUUAUGAACAGUGAUCUUACCUUGCCUGGUGGGUCCCAAUGUUCGGACAUGAACAGUGCAGAGAAUGACAGCGACAAGGAAGGACAGGAGCGAGCCACCUGGGGUGGCCAGCUUGAAUUCUUGUUAACGUGUGUUGGGUACGCCGUGGGGCUUGGCAAUGUGUGGAGGUUCCCGUAUUUGUGUUACAAAAAUGGAGGAGGUGCUUUUAUAAUUCCAUAUUGUUUGAUGUUGGCCUUUGUCGGCCUACCUUUAUUCUACAUGGAACUGUCGUUAGGACAGUUUGCUUCACUGGGACCAAUUACAAUCUGGAAAUUUAAUCCAUUAUUAAAAGGUGUAGGUUAUGCGUCUGUGAUAGUGAACUGGUUAAUUGCCCUGUACUAUAAUGUGGUUGUUGCACAGUGUAUAUUCUAUUUCUUCGCUUCCAUGACAUCGGAGUUACCAUGGAGUACUUGUAAUAACACGUGGAACACACCAAAUUGUGCAUAUGAUAAUGCAACAAGAGUGGCAGCACAAGCGUUAAAUUUGACAAUCACCACACCUACUGAGGAAUAUUACAGGCGGUACGUGUUAGAACAGUCUGAUUCUAUAACUGACUUUGGGACUCCACGAUGGAAGCUGACACUCUGCCUACUUUUAGCAUGGAUUAUCGUCUGGCUGGUGCUAUUGAAAGGAAUUCAGAGUCUUGGAAAGGUUGUAUAUUUCACGGCGCUAUUUCCAUAUUUAAUGUUGACAAUCUUACUGAUACGAGGUGUCACUUUGGAUGGCGCUAUUGAUGGGAUACUGUUCUAUCUGGAACCGAAGUUUGAGAAACUGCUGGAUCCCAGGGUAUGGUCAGACGCUGCUACCCAGAUUUUCUACUCUCUUAGUGCCUGUACCGGCGGCAUGAUCGCUAUGUCGAGCUAUAACAAGUUCAAUAACAACUGCUAUAGAGACUCGCUUAUUGUGGCGUGUGUGAAUUGUGCGACCAGUAUAUUUGCCGGUUUUGUGAUCUUCUCUAUUCUCGGGUUUAUCGCACAUGAGAAAGGAGUUACUGUAGAUGAAGUAGCAACAGAUGGCCCUGGUCUAGCCUUUGAGGUGUACCCAGAAGCCCUUGCCCAGAUGCCGGUGGCGCCUCUUUGGUCUGUCUUCUUUUUCCUUAUGAUGUUGACGCUUGGAUUUGGAUCCGAGUUUUCAAUGGUUGAAUGCCUACUGAGUGCCUUUGCGGACGAAUACCCAAGGUGGUUUACGGGUACAAGGGUCCGGUCUUUCGCAUAUAGAACAGGUGUCAUCAUCUCGUGUUUUCUUCUUGGCGUUCCCAUGACAACAAACGGCGGAAUGUGGUUGUUGAACCUUGUAGACUACAGUGUCAGUGGAUUUCCUUUAUUGUUUGUCGGUCUCCUUGAAUGCAUCGCAUUGUGUUGGAUAUACCAUUUUGACAGAUUUGCCGAAGAUAUUGAAAUGAUGCUGGGAAAUAAACCGAACUUAUUCUGGAAAAUCUGUUGGAAAUUUGUUACCCCAUUCAUUAUUGCAGUAGUAAUUUUAAUGAACGUUAUAUUUUGGAAAGAGCCAGAUCUCGAUGAUGUUACAUAUCCCGCCUCAGCAUUGGUUGUGUCCUGGCUUAUAGCCAUGUUUCCAAUGGCAGCUAUAGUGGGCACGUUCCUGUAUGAAUAUUGUUACCAGUCCGGUGGAUAUGAGCUCAUGAAAUUGAAGAUGCAGCCCACAAAUGACUGGGGACCAGCCAAUUCUAUAGACAGACAGAGACACCAGCGUUACCAUGGUGAUUUCUUGCCAUUACUUUGUAUGGACCCGACUCUUCUUGGGAAAAUUAUGGGCAGCAAUAUAUCAAACAUUUCAAAUAUAUCAGAAGCAGAAAUGACUAAAAGACUUGGCGGAUUAACACCGGCGCAAUCUGAAGCCGUGUUACAGAUUAUUGCUAGUAGUAGUAACAUUAAUGGAACGCCGAAUCUGUCACCAGCGGCGUCACUGUUAGCCAUAGCUAGAUCAAACGGAAGUUUUUCACAGUUAGCAAACAACCAAAAGAAACGAAGUCAUACGGCUAGUGAGUGCUCAGAAGUUUGAUUUUUUCAGCAAAACCAAAGAAAUGUAUAUUUACAACAAAGGUCCCCAUAGGAAAAGGCAGCGUUCUUUCCAAGACUUGUUGAGUUCCGCUUAUGAUGGUUGUAGCAACAUUUAAAUUAUUAUCAUAUUAUUUAAACGAUUUGUACCAAUAUGUAUCGUGAUGGUUCGUUAUCAAGAUCAUCUACCAGUCAACCGCACAUACAGGCACUGUAUUUUUACAUAAGAAAACGUGCGGUAGUGAAUCUGAAUGGCAAUCGGCAACUUCCGGAGGAUUACGUAUUUACGGUGCGGUUUCGGCAUCCUUCGGCCAUUUUCAUAACAAUCGAAGAAUACGUAAUCGACCGGAAAGUACCGAUUGUCAUUUCGGAUCCGCAGUCUUUGCCUUUCCUUCGUCAGGUUAAAGGCUUUAUCAGGUUAGUCGCACAUUUUCAAAGUACAAUUUUAGAGGAAUAGUGGGAUUUUUUUGCGGUGACUUAAGGUUAAACAAUUUCCCAUGAAAUUAGUUAUUCAGUAUGUUAAGAAUAUUGCGUUUUGUAUUUCUACGCAUUUCUGUAAUUUCCUUAUUUACUAAGUACGGUUAAGAGAAAUGUAAGGGUUCUCUUGGAUUGACAAUGAAGUAAACUGACUUUUUCCCAUGAAAUUUGUUAUCCAGUAUGUUAGGCAAAAAGCGUUUUGAAUUUCUACGUAUUUCCGUAUUUUACAUUUAAUAUUCAAUUUGAUUGUUAUCAAUAGCAUUUGUCUUUCAUAUUUUCUUUGUUACAUCGCUAGGGGCGUAGAUGAAGGAUAUGGUAUCCAGAAAGGGACAUUUCCUUUAUCUAUGAAGGCUCAAUCAUACCGAGUCACAACAUGUCUUAGGAAAAAAACUGUCUGUCGAGCACUACGCACAGCAGGGCUGAUGCAAUUUUCUUCAUAUGAGCUGAGUUUUCAUAUGGAAUUUGUGAUAAUGACUUUGAUAUGAUCAAUGUUUCUGCCAUAAAAACAUCGUAACGAUGAAAAAUUCUUUUAUUUUCCGGUUGGCAUGUUGUUUCUCACAAGUAAUACAAUUAUGACUUGUUCUGUUUAAUCAUGUAUUAAUUUAAUCUCGAUAUUUUUCAGUUCUUAUAAAAUGAUGUUAAUAAUUCCACGAAAAAAAAAACGUUUUGUUUUGGAAUUAGAUGGUUAUAAAUACGAUGUAAAGAUUUAUGAAAACAAACGAACUAUUUCCAAAAAGCACGGAUUGUUAUCCUUAAAGACUUUUAAGAAAAUAUUUUAUCUUGUGAUAGACCUGCCUAAAGCGAUUGCCAAAAAAAAUAGAAGUUUUACUUUCAUUUUAUUAAAAAAGUUUUUUAUUUAAAAGUUGCUAUUAGACGAAUUUUAUUUGAAGUAUUUUAAUACAUGUUUCUAUAAUCAUGUAAGCUAGAACAUAUCAGUGUCAAGCAAAUGUGUUCUUACAAUGCAGAGAUUAGCGGCUGCAUUGAUUGUGUUUAUUUAUUGCAUUGUACAUGUAUAUAGUUUGCAGUUUUACAAACAUGACAAAAAAGUGUAUAACGGGUAUAUAAUGCUUUUUCGAAUUCAAGUUUUACAUAGAUUUUAUACAUUUUUAAAAUCUUGCUUACUAGUCUGUUUAAACUCAAAGAGUGGUGAAAAAAAUAUAUAAGGAUGGAAUAAUAGGGUCCACUUAGUCUCUGCUGAUCAACUGUUUUUGCAUGUAUAUUUUCUUCUUCUGUUUUUGCUGUUGUUAAUACAUUUACUUGUUGGUACUUUUUUCCAACCCAAACUCCGUUCAUUUCUAUUUUUAUCAUUAAAUUAUCUUUAAAGAUGUAUUAAACACAGAAGUUAAACUUACACAUAUUACCUUUAAUAAAAAAAAUUAUUUAAAGGUAUAAAUUUCAUGUCAACUGGUAUCGCGUCCAUAAAAUGCUACACCAGUUUCAUUGGAUAUCAUUUCAACAUCAAAAGUCGAAAAAUCAUUCACUGUUUCAGAGGCCAGUGUCAUGUUGCUAACUUUUACACAAAGCAAUUUCUGUAUGCAUGCAGGUAUGCAGAUGGAGCAAUAUUUUCUAUAUAUUUUCACACAGCUUUCAUACAUUAUACUGUUACUUCAGUAUUCAUUUUAUAAUGAGAUUUACAUAAGUACCCUGCUUAGGUAAAACUGAAAGACCAAACCAUGUUACAUUUGUUUCUGUAUAUAUAUGUACAUAGCUGAUUUUAGUUAGUCUGAUUUUAUAAGCUAUCUCUCUGCUUUGAGGCUAGUCAAAAUGUUUGCAAUUCGCUUGAUAUGCAUUUUAUUGGAUUUCAUAACUAAAUUCUGGAAACGCAGCAAAAUUAACAGAAAAACUUUGAAUUUUUUAACACUUCUUACAGCUGGAUCUGAUGAAAAUAUUUAUUUAGGCUUCAAACUUGCAAACAUUUUCUUUUUACUGGUCAAGAAUAGUAUUACUUUAAUUUUUUCUUGUGUCAUAUUUUUUACAUGCGGUUACAGUAUGUCACUUUGUCAUGUACUUGUUUUUUUAUUUUAUUUUUCAAUGAAGUACAUUAUACCAGUUAGAUACUGUUAGUAAUCAUAUGAGCCGUGCCAUGAGAAAACCAACAUAGUGGGUAUGCGGCCAGCAUGGAUCCAGACCAGCCUGCGCAUCCGCGCAGUCUGGUCAGGAUCCAUGCUGUUCGCUUUUAAAGCUUUUGGAAUUGGAGAAACUGUUAGCGAGCAGCAUGGAUCCUGGUCUGGAUCCAUGCUGGUCGCAAACCCACUAUGUUGGUUUUCUCAUGGCGCAACUCAUAUAAUCGUUUUUUCUUUGCCUGACGGUAUGCUUAAAAAUAUAAAUGAUAGUUUUUUUUAGUUUUUCUAAGAACACGAUCUGUUUUAAAUUUAUUUAUUUUUAUCAAUUAUUUUAUCCGACUUUUUCAUAUGAUUAGCAACCAUUUGUUUUAUCAAUGAAACUAGGGUGCGUGAUGGGAGUGGCUCUUUACCUCUCACGAACAUUCACAAUCCAACUUGCUGAUAUUUGUCAUGCUUGCAUUCUUUGCUUUCAAAAGAUCUUCUUAUAGAAUUCUUUAUUAGCCUUAGUAAUAAUUAUAACUUCAUUUUGACUUCUGUUAAUCAUGUUACAAAUUAAAACUAUAUGAUCAGGUCAUAAAGAAGUAUAUAUAUGGGAACAUUUUCUGUACCCUUAAAAUUUUAGUUGAAUCUCGUGCAGUACGUUCUAUCUACCUUGAAUCUCAUGCAGCAGGCCUCUAAUAUACCAUUACUUUAACUGCCGAAUUGAAUCUCGUGUAUUUUUUUUAAAUUCCGGUUUGAACUGAAUGAUUGUGUUAUUUAUAUUUAUUUGUUUCAGUCAUUGUGUUCAGAUGAAAUGUUUCAUGUGUAAAAUACUAAUACUUUAACAUUGUUACUUGAAUGGUAAUAAUUAUCAGGAAUUCUGCUUUUAUCCCUUUAACUAAGUUAUUUUGCUUGUUUGUGUAAUUAAUAACUGUUUUUCGUAGUAGUCUAAAAAUUCUCAAAAAUUUGUGAAAAUUCUGGAACGAAUUCAUUACAAGUGUAAUUCUAAAAUCAGUCAAAAAUGAUUGCAAUAUUUGCUGUGAAGACUAUUGAUAAAGCAUGGAAUGUAUUUUUUGAAGAAAGCUGUUAUGCUACUUUUAAAAUCUAUUUUACAUACGCCAACGAAAUAUAAUUGCGUUUGACACGAGUCUAGUUACAGUAUUUUAUACGUGUAUAAUAUUAUGUCAGUGGGAGUGUGUAAAUAGCAUUUGUGUAUAGAUGUUAAAAUGAAGAAAUAUCAAAAUAAAACAGACUAAAUAAAGAUAAAAUGUG